AUGAUUGCAACGACCCAUCCGGAAUACAACCAGCAUACCGAGGCGUUAGACGUCGCGAAGGCGUUUCCUGAAGCAAUCCGGGGCAAAACAAUCCUCGUUACUGGAGUGAACCGCAAGGGCAUUGGCUUCACCACCGCCCAAGCUUUUGCCUCCCAGUCUCCCGCCCACCUGAUCAUCACGGGACGUAGCAUCACCAAGCUCCAAGAGUGCCGCGAUGAGCUCAAGCAACAAUGGCCGGACGUCGAUUAUCGCCUGCUGAUAGUGGAACUCUCCAGUCAGAAGGCUGUUCGAGCUGCCGCUCAGGAAGUCCUCGCCUGGAGCGAUGUGCCACGUAUCGAUAUUGUGGUGAAUAACGCCGCCGUUGCUGGCGUCCGGGAGCACACGAUCACUGAGGAUGGAAUUGAGCUAACCUUCGCCACAAAUCAUAUCGGGCACUUCUUGUUCACUGGUCUCAUUAUGCCAAAGCUCCUCGAAGCCGCAAAGGCCAAUCCAAAGGGAGCCACACGUGUGGUCAAUGUGAGCGCCGCUGCAGCCGAAUGCACCGGCAUCCGAUGGACCGACAUCAACUUCAACAAGAGGUCCUCCGAUCUACCUGCGGAAGAACAGCCAAACUACACAGUCCUCGCACAGUGGGGGAUCCACAACGGGCCUGAUCUGUCGUACAUCCCAGUGUGGGCAUAUUACCAGAGCAAAGCAGCCAAUGUUCUGUUUGGCGUCGGACUUACACAACGGUUGUACGAAGCCCAUGGCAUAUUGAGUGUUGGUCUCCAUCCCGGAGUCAUUGCAACGGAGCUGUCGAGGCGCUCAACACAGGAAGAGAAAGAUGCUAUUGCCGCGAGGGCUCGGCAGGGCGAGUUUACCUACAAAACCCUGGGUGCAGGGGCUGCAACGAGCCUGGUCGCUGCCGUGGAUCCCAAACUCGGCCCGAGCGAGAUCAAAGAUGGCAAAGAGGGGUGGGGAGCAUAUCUGAAGGACUGUCAAAUCUCGCACGAUGGCGAUCCUCGAGCAGUAUCGCGCGUGGAGGCUGAGAAGCUGUGGAAGAUGUCAGAAGACCUCGUCGGAGACAAGUUUUCCUGGUAA